AUGGCAUCUCGUUUCCUGAAGUCUUCUGCCGUUCAUAGAUCGCAACAUCAAGUCCCGGAGGGAUAUUCCGUAGACCAAUCGGCCGGAAAUAUGUUACGUUUCCAGGCCUCGUUACCCCAUCUUCCAGUGCCGUCCCUUUCUUCGACAGUUACCAAAUACCUUGAAACUGUGAAACCGCAUCUAACUGAAGCAGAUCGAGCUUCAAGCACGUCUAGAGGCACGCGCGGCGGACCCUUCUAUGACCAACUUGGCUUGCAGACUGGUGGAAUGAAGCUGGCUUACAUGGGGUAUCGCGAUCCUGUGGUAGUCUAUGUCAGCUACUUUUACGUUCAUGUCGAUGAUCGGAGGAUACGCGACCCUGCAAAGAGGGCAGCUGGCCUCAUCAAGGCCAUGCUUCCUUUCAGACACUUAGUCGAGUCGAAGGAACUUGAACCCGACAAGAUCAAAGGAAUCCCACUGUGCAUGGAUUCAUACAAGUGGCUUUUUCAUUCAAGUCGCUACCCUGUUAAGCCGUCAGACACUGCUAGAAAGUUCGAUGCUGUAACUCACAACCACGUCGUGUUUGUGCGGAAGAACAAGUUCUUCGAAGUGCCAUUGGCGACUGUAGACGGCAAGGAGCUCAGUGCUGCUGAACUGGAAGUUCAGAUCGAACGCGUGAUUCGGCUGGCAGGCUCAGAAAGCGGUGUGCCUGUGGGGGCAUUGACAGGCGAGAACCGUGACAUUUGGGCAGAUGCGCGCGAAGCCUUGCUGGCUGCCUCACCGCUCAACGCUAAGUCACUUGAGCGAAUCGAAUCCGCUGCAAUAGUAGUAUGUUUGGAUGACGCCAGACCCGUAACACGAGAACACGUCUCGUGGGCUUGUUGGGUAGGAAAUGGCCGCAACCGAUUUUAUGACAAACAUCAAUUGAUCGUGUUCGAUAAUGGGCGUUCUGGUUUCCUUGGCGAACACUCAUGUCUGGAUGGAACUCCGACUCUUCGCUUCAAUGAAUUCAUGCUGGCAAGCCUUACUGCGAAUAAGGUUGACCUUGGGCCAUCACGCACCACCUCCACAGGCGCAGAACUUCCGCAGCCAAUAGAACUGAAGUUUGAGCUAGAUGCGAGAUGCAUGACCUACGUUGACGAGGCGUGCAAGCACUUCGAUGAGCUUGUGGGAAUGCACGACAUGGAAGUGUUGCACUAUGAAGGUUAUGGAAAAGACUUGAUGAAGAAGUUCAGGGUAUCACCAGAUGCAUGGGUGCAGCUCGUCAAGCAGCUUGCGUUCCACAAGAUGUUCAACCGCCCUGGCGUCACGUAUGAGAGCUGCCAAACGCGCAAGUAUCAACGGGGUAGGACAGAAGUCAUAAGGAGCGCUAGUUGCGAAAGUAAAGCAUGGGCGGAGGCCAUGCUGGACCCUGAUGAAACGGUAAGUGGUGGCACCCUUGAUUGCGAGGGCCCUCGUGUGGACGAGAAUCGGAGUGUGUUGUUCCGGCGUGCUGUUGCACGUCACCUUCAGUUUGCGGCAUGGGCUGCUGAUGGACAAGGAGUUGAUAGGCACUUACUCGGACUUAAGAAGAUGCUUCGAGAAGGCGAACCGAUACCCGACAUUCAUUCAGAUCCGGCGUUCGGAAGAACUAGUCACUGGGAACUAUCGACUUCCCAGCUCUCUUCUAAGUUUAUCGACGGAUGGGGUUACGGAGAAGUGGUGCCAGACGGCUACGGCCUUUCAUACUCAAUUGGCGAUCACUACAUUCGCUGGACAAUCACGUCGUUGAAGAGGAGAACCGCGGUGCUGAAGCAUUACCUGGCGGAAGCUGCUACCGAGACCCGGUUCAUGCUUGAACGGGCACACAUCGCUGAGAAGAAGCAUGCUGGCACUCAC